AUGACAUGUUGCAAGUCAGUUGCAAUACCAUUGAUUCCUAAUGAAAAGCUGAGAAAGAAAGAUGGUGUCAAGAAAGUGGAUGCAUCAACCUAUAGAAGCUUAGUAGGAAGUUUGCUUUAUUUGUGCAAUACCAGACCUAAUAUUCUGUUUGCUACUAGUAUGCUUUCAAGGUUUAUGCAAUGUCUGAGUCAGAUUCAUUUUGGAACUACUAAGAGAGUUCUAAGGUACUUGCAAGGAACAAUUGGGUGGGGCAUGUGGUACAAGAAAUCUUCGAGUAUAAAGCUGGUAGGCUUCACUGAUAGUGACUGGGCAGGCUCAUCUGAUGAUAUGAGAAGCACCUCAGGAUACUGCUUUGGCCUUGGAUUUGCUAUGUUCUCUUGCAGUUCAAAGAAACAAGGAAAUGUAGCUCAAUCCACAGCCGAGGCAGAGUAUGUUGCUGCUGCUAGAUCAGCGAACCAGGCCAUAUGGUUGAGAAGAAUUCUAGAAUAUAUGGGGAAAAAAUAG